AUGUCUGAUAACUGUAUUCAAGAAAAAAAAUCGGCUUAAAUAAAUGAAGAUUUCACCAUAGAUAAUCUAGAUUAAUCUACAACAAAUUAAUCCAAAUAAAGUAAUGCAACACUUUCUAUGGCAUUUCCGAAUGCUGAAAACAAUUAUAGGUACAGGCCAAUCAAAACUUAAAGUAUUUUUAAAUUUUAUGAAAGGAAGCCUCUUAUCACUUAAUCCUUAAAUUAGUCAAAGAAGAAGUUCAAAAUCCCUUAUUGAACAUACGUUUGUGAUUGAAGAAGAAGUAAAAAAAAUUUUAAAUAUUAGCCUUAAAUUUAAGGGUAAAAUGAAGUAUUUCUAAUUUUUUGGUAUGAUUAGAAUAUUGAUCAUAAAUAUGAGAUAAUUAUAUAAGCAAAGAAUAAUAUUACUAUUAACGAUCUUAUUCAACUUUUUAUUUAACAAUUCAAUGAUCAAAACUAAUAUCUAUAAACUCCGUUUUCAUCUGAUACCCAUAAUACAAAUAUUUAUGAAUUGUAUAUACCAAAAAAGAAAAAAGGUACCCCAAAUGAAGAUUUUCCAGGUAUUAUUAUUCAAAUUAAUUUUAGCCUUCGCUAAUCAAACGUUGCUUAAUUAAACCAAUUUAAAAGAAUUUUCUUUAAAGAUUACUUAAAAAUAAACAAAUAAUUAUUCGACAACACUUUUAAAUACUUAGAAUUCUUCAGCAACUAAAUCUAACCAUGAAUGGAGAACAAGUUAAGCCAAUUCUAGUUAAAAAAAGAAGAAAAAUUUUUUUUAGAAAUUAUUCUUUUGUUGCAAUCAAGCAGAAGAAAUUUGA